UGACCGUGCUGGCUGCAUAGAGUUCCCUUCCAGCAUCGUACUCAUAGUGCUUUGGUGGCAUCUCCGUGCACUAUUGACAUAAGGUAUAAAGAACAGUAUCCACGUCGUCUGCACCUCAUCGUCAUGGCUUCUCGACUCAUCCCUCGUAUUCGUCCUGUCCAGCCCAACUUCCUUACCAUCACCCGGUUCCAACACAACAUGGCAUCCUCUGCCGCACCUCGCAAAUAUGAGUGGCUCGUUGUCGUUCCCGACAAGCCCGAUACCCUCGCCAAGCGCCUUGAGGUCCGCCCUACGCAUUUCAAAAACCUCCAGGACAAGCUUGAUGCCGGUAUCUUUAAGAUGGGCGGCGCUCUCCUGGACGAGGUCCCUGCGGAUGACGAGCCCUCGAGCUUGAAAUUCAACGGCAGUACUCUGGUUUGCCUCGCAGAAUCCAGGGAGGAGGUUAUGGGUUGGCUGGAGAAGGAUGUUUAUGCUGAGGCUGGAGUCUGGGAUCUCGAAAAGGUUCAACUGUGGCCAUUCAAAUGCGCCUUUAGACGUCCCGUAGAACAGUAGGGAAACUUUCAUAUAAUUUGAGCGACCCAUGACCUUAAUUGACGCUACUCAUGUGCACUCAACACAUCCUUAUGCCGGGAACAACACAACGCCCUCAGUUCGCCGAUUCCCGGUUUGCCCCCUUCCCAGCCUGAAACCUCCGCCUGUAACAAUUGAAUAGUACAACCGCAGACUUGGAACAGUGCAGUAAAUGACCGCGAAAACACCGUGGUAACCACCCAAGUAAUAAGUCUGCCGCAUAUCUUGACCGGAAAACUCCAAAUACCGUUUUCAUGUGCCUUGCGUCAAGAAUUUGUCGCACAAAGCGCGAAGGGAAGCUGGAAGUCAGGCGGAGCCUUGAGCACACACUCCCUUAAGCUGUUACCUGACCCUCGGACUUGUUUUCAAGCUUCGAAUCCUCGAGAGCCUUAGCGAGGGCCUCGGUUGAGGCCUCGGCAUCCACAUCUCCCGAUACUGGCGUCUCAUCCUCGUCAUCGUCCACGUCCACUGCCUCGGCUGCCGCCUCGGCUGCAACUCGUAGCUCGUAGUUAAUCUCGAAGCAUUCGGCCAAGAGUUCGUUGACGCUUCCUUGGCCUUCGGGAAUAUCGCCGUUGAACAUGAACUUGCCGUCGACUCGCAAGUUGUCAAUU